CACAGUUUUCUCCUCGAUUUCCGCGUACUCACCGAACUGCUUGCUAUCCGUUCCAUCCUCAUUCCCUCUCCCGCCUUCCUCCCGCUCUGAUCACUUCAUUUCCCCCUUCCUUCCAAUCGAACGCCGGUUUCCGUCUAUCUCGGGAGAAACCAGAAAAGAAGAAUUACGAGCUACAAAACAUGAGAGAAAUCCUCCACAUCCAGGGCGGGCAGUGCGGCAACCAGAUCGGCGCCAAGUUCUGGGAGGUGAUCUGCGACGAGCACGGCAUCGACCACACCGGCAAGUACAGCGGAGACUCCGAGCUCCAGCUCGAGCGCGUCAAUGUCUAUUACAACGAGGCCAGCGGCGGCCGGUACGUUCCCCGUGCCGUCCUCAUGGAUCUGGAGCCCGGCACCAUGGACUCCGUCAGAUCUGGCCCUUUCGGCCAGAUUUUCAGGCCCGAUAACUUCGUCUUCGGCCAGUCCGGCGCCGGAAACAACUGGGCCAAAGGCCAUUACACAGAGGGCGCCGAGCUCAUCGACUCUGUUCUUGAUGUCGUCAGGAAGGAGGCCGAGAAUUGCGAUUGCCUCCAAGGAUUUCAAGUGUGUCAUUCAUUGGGUGGAGGCACUGGUUCUGGAAUGGGAACGCUGCUCAUCUCCAAGAUCAGGGAAGAAUACCCUGAUCGGAUGAUGUUGACCUUCUCCGUCUUCCCAUCUCCUAAGGUAUCCGAUACAGUCGUUGAGCCAUACAAUGCGACGCUCUCCGUUCAUCAGCUAGUGGAAAACGCCGACGAGUGUAUGGUUCUGGACAAUGAGGCCCUUUAUGACAUCUGUUUCCGCACCCUCAAGCUUGCUACCCCAACUUUCGGCGAUCUGAACCACCUAAUUUCUGCCACAAUGAGUGGUGUCACAUGCUGCCUUCGGUUCCCGGGGCAGCUGAACUCCGACCUCAGGAAACUAGCCGUGAACCUCAUCCCAUUCCCUCGCCUCCAUUUCUUCAUGGUUGGGUUCGCACCCUUGACUUCCAGAGGGUCGCAGCAGUACCGUGCCUUGACCGUCCCGGAGCUGACUCAGCAGAUGUGGGAUGCCAAGAACAUGAUGUGCGCAGCCGACCCGCGUCAUGGCCGUUACCUCACUGCUUCGGCGAUGUUCCGCGGCAAGAUGAGCACCAAAGAAGUUGACGAGCAGAUGAUCAAUGUCCAGAACAAGAACUCUUCCUACUUCGUGGAGUGGAUUCCGAACAACGUGAAGUCUAGCGUCUGUGACAUCCCGCCCAAGGGGCUGAAGAUGGCUUCCACGUUCAUCGGGAACUCGACCUCGAUUCAGGAGAUGUUCAGGCGCGUGAGCGAGCAGUUCACGGCCAUGUUCAGGCGCAAGGCUUUCUUGCAUUGGUACACCGGCGAGGGGAUGGACGAGAUGGAGUUCACUGAGGCAGAGAGCAACAUGAACGAUCUGGUGGCCGAGUACCAGCAGUACCAGGACGCCACGGCGGAUGAUGAGGAGUACGAGGACGAGGAAGAGGAUGCGGCAUGAAUAUAAAAGCUUGUGUGUUUUUCAGUAUGGUGAUUCUGGAUAGUUCUCCGAUCGUUGGCUCUCUGUUGAGUUGAGUGAGUGAUGAUUGUCCCUUUUUGUUGGUGAUAAGGGUCUGGUUUGGGUUGACGUGAUGUGUUAAUUUGUAUGUAUAUGUAUGUAUCGCAUGGUGAUUGUUUAUCCUUUCUGUAAUAGUUUGAUGGAUUAUGCAUGUACUUAAUAUAUAGAAAUAUAUGGGAUGAAUAUCUAUGAAUGAAUAUAAUCGCUGAUUAGAGGUGAUGAUGAAUAAGGUAUAAGGAUGAUGAUGUUGAGUAGUUGUUAGUGUUGUGUUGACCCAAUAAAAAUUGUUCGUUCUU